AUGGGGUUUCGUCCGGACCAUUUUCGUGAUGAGUCCAAGCAUGGCUUCUACAUCUACAACGUGCUGGCCGGGGUGUGUUAUCAAAAUUCUGAUCCACUCGAGAAGCUCUGCAAGUAUCUUGUAUGCCUCACCAGCCGGACGCCGCGCACCACCGGGGAGCUUGUAUCCUUCUUCCACAAUUUCGGGAAUACGCUGCACCUACCAUCUUCAGAGUUGUCCAAGCUGGGCUCCGCCCUCUCCAAGACACAUGGCCACUGCCCGAAGUGGGACCGUCUAGAGGCCGCCGACCUCCGAGUCGUCCAGCGCAUCCGAGGCUCCGCCCCUCCCACCUUCAACCACGACCAAGACCAUGCCGAGACCCUGUCCACACUACUGGGUUGCGGCAUCACAAAUGCCAACUGCCCACAGCAUUUCACGCCCAUCACCUAUAGGGCCUACGCCCUGUACUCUUCCACCUUCGUCCACCACUACCUCAGCUGGACGGUGUACCUGGCAGACAGACUGUGGGAGUCAUUGCUCAGGCUUCACUAUGAUCUCAAGAUCCUUCACCGCCACGACUCCAAGGUCAAGCCCAUCCACCAGUGUCCCCAUGCCAUGCCCCUCCUGUACUCUCACGGGUUCACACCACCGGAGGGUAUAGCGCAGUCGUCACUCACAUGUUCCAAGGUUGUCGCCAAUCUGAGGGAAGUGGUCGCCGGUCAGCCUAUCGCAAGUCUUAUGACCGCCAUGGACACAUUCCUCUACGGCAUCCGUCUACCAUUCCUCUACACUCUGUUCACAUUGUGGUCUAUCGCCACACUCUACAUAGCACACGCAACGCUAUAUCGUCUGGACGUCCUGUGCAUACUCUACACAGCCGUGCUUUCCAUGAGCACCGCUGUUGAUCUCGCGAGCGUACAUAAUCUCGUUGUCUCCAAAGUACUUAGUAGAUUCUAUUGGUUGCUUCGUUGA